CACUUCUAACCUUAUUUUUUUACGUUUGGGAAACGUUUGUUUUGGGUUUUCGCAAGUAGGUGUGCAAAAUAACUGUAAAAAUGGGUGAAAAGAGAAAAAAUAUGGAAGAUGAAAUGUCAAGAUUUGAGGCUGAAAUCGCAAAUCCGCCUGUGCCCUUGUCUGUAAACAAAUUCAUUCCAAGUCAAGUUAAGCAGCAACCAAUAAUUAACUCGAGUACAUACAGCCAAGUUCAGCAGAAGCUCUCUAGUGUCCCUCCACCACCUGUACCACCGAUGAUUAUACCCCCGUUCACGCCGCCGGUGAUGGCACAAACACAGCCAAUUGAAAAGUCCUACUCAACUGAGCCUACGCCUGUUGUGCUUAGUAGCGCUCCAAAAUUGUACACAAAUAGACCUUCACCAAGUGUAUCUGCACCCAUUCAGCCUGCCGUCAUGGACAUGUCAUCUUUGCAGUUUGAAGUCACAAAUAAGCUAAAGAAGCAAAAGACAGAAAAACCAUCCGGACCAAAUCCCAUCGCAGAGGCAGCUAUCCAGGCGGCAAAAGCGUCUUCAGCUCUCCAAAGUUUCGGGCAUGAAGAUCGAAAGGGCAAGAGGAAUAGGAAAACUAUUCGGAUGGCAGGAGGACAAGUGUGGGAGGAUUCAUCCUUGGCUGAUUGGCCUGAUGAUGAUUUUAGAAUAUUCUGUGGCGAUUUAGGGAACGAUGUUAACGAUGAAUUGCUAACGCGUACCUUCAAUAAAUAUUCAUCCUUCCAGAAGGCAAAAGUACUACGUGACAAACGCACGGGGAAAAGCAAAGGAUUUGGAUUUAUCAGUUUUAAGGAGCCCCAGGAUUUUAUACGCGCCAUGAAAGAAAUGGAUGGGCGCUAUGUGGGAAGUCGUCCAAUAAAAUUACGUAAGAGCACUUGGAAGUCAAGGAGUGUGGAUGCUGUGAAAAAGAAGGAACAAGAGAAGAAAAUGCUGCAGCAACUCUUUAAAUCCUGAAAGCGCGUGUGAAUUGAAACAUUAUAAUGAAUUGUCAUUGAGUAAUUCUGAAAUAAUUAAGCUGAAGAAUACUGACAUAGAAAUAAAAUGUAAAUUUUAUUCCGAGAAAUUGAAGAAA